GUAGAAAUCGGCCGGCGUUCUGAUAAUCUGAAUCUGGGAGCCAUUGAUGCUGAAAGAAGGUGCGAUCCUAUCGAGUUCGUUCGCGAACGGCGCAAGCAUGCCAGCUGCGCUACCGGAGCUUGAAGCCGUUGGGGUACCAGCGGCGGGCGUCGCGAAUUGUCGGCAUUGCGGUUGCGCGCGUGUAAUGUUCGUUCGGGCAAAUGGGAGCUUGAGCUUGGUAGAGCACCGCGACACGCCACGUACAAUCAUGUCGUCUUCGUCUUUUGGUAUUUCACCGCCACGUCUGGAUGUUUAGUAGUUACUCUUCUCGAAAAAGUUCAUCCAAAGACGGAGAGCUCUCGAGGUUCCAAAGUUCUGGGGACCAGGGUGCGUGUAUGAAGCUCUGUCAUUGGCGGCGGGGGUUGCCGUGAGCGCCAGGGAGUCCAAAGACCAAUUGCCUUCGAGUUUAUGUAAUCCAGAGCUCCACUCUGGCACCAGCGUCGCUCAACCUUCCCAAACGUCAGGUCUUCAAUCACAUCGUCGACAGCAACCAAUAGCUUCUUGAGGUCAAUUGACCAGCCGCCACCAUGUCGACCCCCGGAAGAACAAUCGCCAACCUGCGCAAGGUUGGAAUCAAGAACUAUUUCCGCCAAUUGCUGUACAUCGGCGACACCAAGCAUGGUCGUCUUGUAGGCGAGGAUAAGGCCGGCAACAAGUACUUCGAGAACAAUGACGAACUUCCCCUGCGUACGCGCUGGGUGGACUUCAAGGUGCACGACUACGACUCGGCGCAGGUUGAGCCUGGCUGGCACGCUUGGUUGGGAUACAUGGUCGACAAGCCGCCCACCGAGGACGCCCUUCUCCAGACCAAGACUCGCAAGUGGGAAGUGCCACACGUGCUUCCCAACUUCACGGCUACCCCGGGAGCCUACAAGCCAUACAACACAGUCAAGCCGAAGAUUCGUGCGUGGGAGCCCAAGGCAGUUGAGAGACAAUGAGUUGCGGAAGAACGGGGUUGAUGUAUAUAAGCCAAAGUCGCUUAACGCAAUUUCAGGGGUUUUCUUUGUGUUAAAAACGUUGUCGAUGUUUUACGACGCGGAUUCGCAUUGAGUGACGGUUGACCAAGCAUCGGCAUUGGCAUUGGCAUGAAGGGAGAUUUUACAAUAUCUCAAGGAGCGGCCUCAAGUGGCUUGCAUACCGCUUCUCUCACUAUGGUAAAUUCUUUAGGAGAAUGAACAGCCAGGCUUCCAGCAGAUUCAAGGUGACAGGAACGAUAUUCCAGGCAUUGCCAUCCUAUGAGAUGGACUAGCUGGGGCGCGUGACGCGUCCGAUGUUGGAGUGCUGGGUGAUAGCAGCGUUCAUAUCUCGAUUGUUUGGCUGCUAUUGACUUUCGAGAGAUACACAGAGGGGAGGCCGACGAGGGAGAAAUUUGUCUUGUUUCAAGUGGC